AUGCCGACUUUAACUACACCGACAUCAACCAUGCCGACUUUAACCAUGCCGACUUUCACCACGCUUUAUCGACUUCGACGCUUCAACCAUGCCGACUUCAACCACACCAACGUCAACCACACCGACGUUAACCACACCGACGCCAACCAUACCGACUUCAACCAUGCCGACUUCAACAAUGUCGACUUCAACCAUGCCGACUUUGUCCACGCUUCAACAAUUUUAACGACUUUAACGACGACCACGACUUAUACCGGCGACCUCGACUUACACCAACGACUUACGGCCAACGGCUUGACCUGUAACUGUGCAUCUACGACUUUACCUAUACCUUUACUUGGGACUUAA